GCACCCGGCCUCUACUAAUAAGUUGAGAAACGCCAAACCCUUCCUGCGACUCCACUUCCCGAGCAAACCGAUCGCUCCUCUCUUGUCGCGAGCCACCCGAAGCUUCGGACCCUGACGCGUGGGCCCCCUUCCCCUCGCCGGCCAUGGCGGGGCAGCCGGCGCCCGGCGGCGCCGAGGACGACUUCCUCGAGCACUUCUUCGCCUUCCCCACUGCGGCCUCCGGCGCCGGGGGACACGCGGGCGCCGGCGCCGCCGUCCCCGGCGACAACCCCUUCCCGCUCGCCCUCAGCCUCGACGCCGCCGCCGAGGCCUCCGGAGGUGCCAAGCCGGACCGGGAUCCCGUGCAGCUCGCCGGCCUCUUCCCUCCGAUGUUCUCCGGCGCCGGCGGCGUGCAGCAGACACACCUCCGCGCCGCGCCGCCUCCCCAGAUGUUCCAUGCGCAGCCAAAGCCAGGCGAGGGAGCCAUGGCGCCGCAGCCGCCCGCGCCGCUGGCGAAGGUGCGGGCGCGGCGGGGGCAGGCGACAGAUCCCCACAGUAUCGCUGAGAGGCUAAGAAGAGAGAGAAUAGCAGAAAGGAUGAGGUCCUUGCAAGAAUUGGUCCCCAACACAAACAAGACAGAUAGGGCAGCCAUGCUAGACGAGAUCCUUGACUAUGUGAAGUUUCUCAGGCUUCAAGUAAAGGUUCUGAGUAUGAGUAGACUGGGUGGUGCUGGUGCAGUUGCACAGUUGGUUGCUGAUAUUCCACUCUCAGUUAAGGAGGAGGCAAGUGACAGUGGGAGCAUACAACACAUAUGGGAAAAGUGGUCAACCGAUGGAACAGAAAAGCAGGUAGCGAAGCUGAUGGAAGAAGACAUCGGGGCAGCGAUGCAAUUCCUCCAAUCCAAAGCGCUAUGCAUGAUGCCAAUUUCGCUUGCAAUGGCAAUCUAUGACACACAACUUCCACAGGAGGGGCACUCACUGAAGCCUGAACCCAAUAUAUCUUCGUAGUAUAGUAACAGCAACUUUAGUGUGCAUUUCACCCCUAAUACUACUAGGCAUCGACAUAUCCAAAGUGUAAGAUAUACUGGGCGUUUCAAUGUGCCAACAGUGAAGUAGGAAAAGACCUAAAAGAUCAUCUCCUCUCGAAGUAGUACCAUUGGUAUAUGUUGUUCAAAACAGCUUUGAUAGCAAGGAUAUGGUAAGCAAUAUUCUUCU